GCUGGGGACCUGUUUGUUCUGCGUUGCUUUCUAGAGGCUCACAGCUCUCAGUUCUGGGACCUGCCAGGCGUCCAAACUCGGCCCCCUGUCACUCACGCUGUCCGCAGCCAAUGGCACAGCGGCCUGUCACUCUGGCCCCGCCCCCGGGGAGCGGGAGGGAGACCCAGCGGGCUCUGGCGCCCGAGUGAGAGGAUUGAACUUUGCAGCGGAGUUGCGGCGGCCGCGAGGUGCCAGACAGCGCGGCCCCAGCUCGGAGCUGGGAGCCUCGGCCCGCGCGCGCCAGGCGCAGCCAUGGAACCCAAGGCACCGCGCGCGGCUCUCACCCUGUGCUUGUGCCUGUGGCUUUGGCUCUGGCUGGCGGCCUUGGGGGGCUGCGUGGCUCCGGGUCCCGGCUUGGUGGCGGCGGCCAGAAGGCUGGACGAGUCGCUGUCCGCCGGGAGCGUUCAGCGCGCGCGCUGCGCCUCCAGGUGCCUCAGCCUGCAGAUCACGCGUAUCUCCGCCUUCUUCCAGCACUUCCAGAACAAUGGUUCCCUGGUUUGGUGUCAGAAUCACAAGCAGUGUUCUAAGUGCCUGGAGCCCUGCAAGGAACCAGGGGAGCUGAGGAAACACCAGUGUCAGAGCUUCUGUGAGCCUCUGUUCCCCAAGAAGAACUAUGAGUGCUUGACCAGCUGUGAGUUCCUCAAGUACAUCCUCCUGGUGAAGCAAGGAGAUUGCCCGGCCCCCGAGAAGGCUAGUGGCUUUGCAGCUGCCUGUGUGGAAAGCUGUGAAGUGGACCAGGAGUGCUCAGGGGUGAAGAAGUGCUGCUCUAACGGCUGCGGACACACUUGCCAGGUGCCCAAGACUCUGUACAAAGGGGUCCCCUUGAAGCCCAGAAAAGAGUUACGGUUCACUGAGCUCAAAUCUGGCCAGCUGGAGAUUAAAUGGUCCUCGAAGUUCAACAUUUCCAUUGAGCCCGUGAUCUACGUGGUACAGAGAAGGUGGAACUAUGGGAUCCAUCCCAGCGAAGACGACGCGACACACUGGCAGACAGUGGCCCAGACCACAGAUGAGCGGGUGCAGCUGACUGACAUAAGACCCAGCAGGUGGUACCAGUUCCGGGUGGCUGCUGUCAACGUCCAUGGUACCCGAGGCUUCACAGCACCAAGCAAACACUUCCGCUCUUCUAAAGAUCCAUCCGCACCGCCAGCCCCAGCCAACCUUCGUCUUGCGAACUCCACCAUCAACAGUGACGGGAGUGUGACGGUGACCAUUGUUUGGGAUUUCCCCAAGGAGCCAGACAUCCCUGUGCAUCACUACAAAGUGUUCUGGAGCUGGCCGGUCAGCAGCAAGUCACUUGUCCCCACGAAAAAGAAGCGGAGAAAGACCACUGAUGGGCUUCAGAACUCUGUGACCCUGGACCGACUUCAGCCAGACUGCGACUACACGGUGGAACUCCAGGCCAUCACUUACUGGGGACAGACCCGCCUCAAGAGUACCAAGGUGUCUCUGCACUUCACAUCCACGCGCACUGCCAACAAAGAUCAGCUGGGAAAAACUAGAAAAGGUGUGGUCCUGGUACAACCCCCCUUCCAAAGAAGACAGCCUGCUCGCCCUCUGGAGAUUGGAGUUCCGUUCUACCAAGAUAACCAACUGCAAGUCAAGGUCUACUGGAAAAAGACUGAAGAUCCAAGCGUCAACCGAUACCACGUGCAGUGGCUUCCAGAAGUCUGCACCCACAACAGGACAGCGGGAGCAGAGACAUCUUCGGGUGUGACACAUGAAAAUUAUAUCAUACUUCAAGACCUGUCGUUCUCCUGCAAAUACAAAGUGACUGUCCAACCCAUACCGCCAAAGGGUCUCUCAAGGGGAGAAACCAUUUUCUUCACUACCCCACCAUGCUCUGCUUUGAAGGGGAAGAGUCACAAGCACAUCAGUUGUCCCGGGGACACAGGUCACACGCUCUCCAAAGUGCUCGCCAAGCCAGAGAACCUUUCUGCUUCAUUCAUUGUCCAAGAUGUGAAUAUCACCGGCCACUUCUCUUGGAAGAUGACCAAGGCUAAUCUCUAUCAGCCCAUGACUGGAUUUCAAGUGACUUGGGCUGAGGUCACCACUGAGAGCAGACAGAACAGUUUGCCCAACAGCAUCAUCUCCCAGUCCCAGAUCCUGCCGUCAGAUCACCACGUGCUCACUGUGCCCAACCUGAGGCCAUCCACCCUCUAUCGCCUAGAAGUCCAAGUGCUGACCACAGGUGGGGAGGGCCCGGCCACCAUCAGGACCUUCCGCACCCCCGACCUCCCACCCUCUGCCAUACGCCGUCCCCAUCUGAAGCAUCACCAUUCACAUCAUUUCAAGCCCUCUCCAGAGAGAUACUAAACCACUCCCAGUCUGUCUCAGCAUUGUCCGGGUAUGCACGCUUGUUGAAUUUCAGCCUCUACACAUGCGUCCUUCUAGAAUGGUAGGAACUUCUCAGACCAUUAGCACAAUUAGUACUUCUGCCAAUCACAGACACAUCUGAAAACAUUUGAUCAGUUGUCAUCCAGAGCAGAGUGCCCUCGCAAAGAGGAGAAAAUGGAAGACGAUGUCUGUGCAACUGUGACUUUCAUUUCUGUGUAUGGUUUUGCUGAUGUCUUGUGAAUCACUGUGGAAUUGAGAUUUCCUUGAAUUUGGAGCAGCAAGGUCUUCCAACAGAGUAGUGUAACACAUAUAGAGUUUAUACACAUACUCAAUAUACAUUUAAUCAAUGAAACAUAUUUUUUAUUAAAUUGUUGCUUUGGUUUGCAAAACCAACUAAGAUUAUACAGACUUUGAGUACUAUUUAUUUACUCUUUCAUGAAGUCUUUUUAUCAUGGAUUUUUUUUAAACUGAAAGUUUAUAAUCUGAAUUUUAUCCAUGAAAUUUAAUUAAAAAAUGUUCCUUAUUUAUACCCCCUAGACUUCUUUUUAUACAAACAAAAAUGAAAGCUCAGUCUGUCAUUUAUUAUCUAUGAGACACCCAAAACUCCAGGUAAUCAGUGUAUGAGCUGCUAACCAGAUUUUGCCUUGGAGAAAUGGGAAAUUCUAGGGAUCCCUUUAAAUGUUUCAUCCUGUCUGAGAGAUUUUCCUGAUCUGUUACUUUAUUUAUAGUCCCCCUUGAUGCAGAAAACAGCUGUUGAUGUGCUCUGUUUUGCCAUCUGAAAAUUGACAAAGCCGCCUGCUUCAAGGGAAAGAAUCACAGUCCCUGGACAUUUUCAAAUCUCAAAAAAGAUUUGAUUUUUCUGAAUCCAAGGAAGUUAUUUGCAUGAUAUAAUAUUUUCAGUAAUAUAAAAGCAAAAGGACUUUGGUUAAUUUUAAAAAGGGUGAUUAUCUGUCUUUUAUUCAAACUUGACUCUUUCAAAUCUAUUAAAUUUUAUUAUUUGGAAAAUUAUUUGUAUUUCAGCCUAACCAUGUGAGCUCUAAUCCACACUGAUACUGUGUUCUGGGGCAGGCAGCCUAAACACAGAAACAUUUAGUUUCCUCUGAUUUUUUUUUAUUUGUUUCUUGAGAGACUGCACCUAUAUGUGGUUUUAAACAUGCAGAGCUAUGUGUCUAUAUACUUGUAAUUGUGUGUAUGUGUAUGUAUAUAUAUAUAUAUAUAUAUAUAUACACACACACACACACAAAUAUAUAUAUACAUAUAAUUAUAUACACAGAGAGACACUUACAUAUCUGGGUAUGAAUCUCUAAAGAAUUUGUUUUCAUUGUCUUACUAGUGGUGAAUAGAGAUGUAGUUAUUCCAGUGUUGAUAAGGAUCAUGUAUUUUCCCUAACAAGGUGGACUCCAUGGGAAAAGAGCAAUUUAUCAAAAUUAAUCUCCAUAAAAGAACGGCUUCUUCAUUUCAUCAUCUACUCAAGAAUGAGAUGGAAAAAACUAGUAAGGUUAGUGUUAGUUCUAGCUUUUAACGAGAGGAUUUAUUGCUGGUCCUUUGGCUGUCUCUGGGAAGCAGGCCUGGCCGUGCCUGGGAAUGUGAAUUCUGGGAUUCCUUGAGCCCUUGUAUAGUGCACAAAGAAAGACAGUUGGAAAAUAAGAUGGAGAGAAGCUCUUUUUGUCAUUAUAUUGACACCGAUCCUUAGGAGACACAGUCUAGUUAUUGAACACUCUUCCCUGUAUGUUAAAGCAUUUAGAAAGUAGAGAAUGUCUCACAGCUUUCUGCAGGUAACAUAAAAUGGAAAUUUAGACUAGAAUGGAAGUCUACGUGUGUUCUAAAGGGUUUCCUGCAGCCAUCACAGUGGGCUGGAUGGAAAACAAUGAGCAGGGUAUAUUCUCAAAGAAUAUGAAUGGAGAACACAGUUUUCAGCGAAACCCACCCUCUCACCAAAUGCAACCAAUCAUCACAGAGAUGUGAAGCUACCAUCACUCCAGCCCCAUUACAGCCUUUGAAUUCAAGUUCUUAAAAGUUCAAAAAUUACAACUUCUUAUGAUUGUCUCUGCGUUUUAUCUUUUACCUUGAAUUUUCAUCAAUCUAACUGUACCAGCAGUGUUUUUUACUAUUAUCUAGUUUGAAAUGUAGCAGUAUAUACCUAGAUAAAGUUAUUAUUAAAUUCUUAUAUAAAUUAACUUUCUAAAAUUUAUGUUUCUUUUGUCUGCAUAAAUGACAGUGAGCAAAUUUUUUUUUACUUCAGAAAUUGAUCUGAAGUUUAUAUCAUGCAUAGGAAAACUAAAACAGCUUUUGUGAGCAUCUAAUUUGGAUACAGUAAUGAAAAUUAGUGUUCUCAGAUGAAAACUGCUAUUAAUGAGAUAAUCAAAGAGAUGUGUUUCCAGCCUGAAUUUUAAUAAUCUCUAAUAAUAAUGAAUGAUAAAAAUGCAAUUAUAAUUUUUUGAAAUUUAGACAUGUGAGCACCAUCUUUGAUGAAGCAGCUUUUGUUCUUUGUUCUCUAAUAUAUUGUAAUAGAUGCAUUUUCCUCACAAAAAUAUAUUCAUAGUUUGCAUCUGCUCUCCAAAACAUUGAGUUCAUCAAAAAUGUUGUUAUCAAAGACAGGUGGUUAAUUUGAUAUGUAAUACAACUGUACGCAUAUUUUUUCUAACUUAGGCCACUCACCCCUUAAUAAUGAAUUUUUCUGUGCUUCCCUCUUUUCCUAAGUAGAACUCUGUGGAAUGAGGUUCACAAAUCAACAUGUAGCCUUUCAAUUGUUUAUUGCUUCUUAGGAUAUAUUAUAGACAGAAAGCUUACAGUGUGUGACUUUUUAAAAUACAUUUCUUAAACAGCACUCAGAGAUUACAAAUACAUCUGAAUUAUAGCAGCCCAAAGGUGGCAUACGUGGCUCCAGGGAUCAGCAUACAUCCUCUUCAGCACUAUUAACUCGGGGGCUAGAUAGUUCUUUAUCAUGGGAGUCUGGACAUUUUGGGAUAUUCAUAAAAUACCCCAGGACUUCCGUCCCCUUACCACCCUUCCCCAGAUUGUGGCAACCAAAAAAUAAUGUCCCCAGGUAUUUCUCUGUGCCCCUAGGAAAGGGCACCUCCAGUUAAGAACAAGUGCAGUAGAGUGAUCUUUACAGAAUAGAGGAAAAUUAGACUUUGAAAAGGAAUCAGCCCUGGAAAAAUUUCAGCCAAGACCUUAAUCCAUUUGACUUCCCAAACCUUCUUUUUAAUCCUUUUAUGCUCCCUGAAAACACAGAGAUCACUGUCGCUGUUAGGCUGAGUUUCAACUUGUCGUCUGAUUCAUGCACGCAGAAGUAUUAAGCGGCUCCGUGCCCCAGUAAAUGCUAUUUGUGAAGUCGACUUAUUUAUUUAAUGCUCUUUCAUACCCUGUGACCGUGAGCUCCUUGAGUUUCAUGAUUUCCGUGAUUACACACCACUCUAAAUCUUGUUGGGUAAACAUUCAUGCUAUAACCAGCACUCAAAGGCUGAGGGUCUGCAUGUACUUCAGAGUUCGUGCUACGAUGUAAACAAAUCCACGAAGAUGUUUCGUCAGAUGUUUCCUCUGGUGUUGCAUGGCCACGCAGUUUCACGCGAGCUGCAGACUCCCUGAUUGUCUUACCGCUCCUGAAUAUUAGCAAGUUAUACCAUUUACAGAGUGAUUAACAGAGGUUUAUCUAAAGUUAUUAUUUUUUCUUUGACUUCCCUCUAUUAUAAUGUGCAGAUAAGAAAACUGCUACUUUCUCAUCCAAAUGGUCUGUAGAAAUCAUGUCUCUUCUUGUGCUCAUUUGAAGUCAGUAUUUAUUUAUGUAUGUAAUAAGAAGUCCAGUUUCUGUGUAUGUCUGUCAUGGUAUCUAGAGAGAAGGAAUCUUGUAAAAAAAAAUUUGUAAAAAAAAAAAGAACCAGAAAAGUAUUGUAAAUAGCCUGAUAUCCUGUGAGUCAUUAUUUUCAUGUUAGAGUUUGUACAUACUGAUUCAGUAAUAAAGUAUCUUUAAACCUG